UCGAAUAGUGUGUGGGUUUGUUUAAAAAGCUCUUUGCUGUGGAUAAUUUCAUCGAAUCGCCACGUAGCUGGUUGUUGGCGCCGCCGUAAUGAUCUGCGUACUUCUAGUUGCUGGACAUGGGACAUUGCUGGAGAGCGAGAUCAAGAAUGAAGCAACCGGCCUAUAUUCCCAUUUGGAGGGAGUCCCAAAGGCUUUGUUACCUGGAGUCGGUGGGAAGAAGAUCUUGGAUUUCUGGUGGGAAGUUGUUAAUAUGCGUAACCUCUUCAGUGAAGUCUACCUCAUCACAAAUGCAGACAAAUACAAGUACUAUGAGCGAUGGGCAACUGCCAAUGACUUCCCAACGGAAAACAUUAUUAAUGAUGGCUCAACUACCAAUGAAACCCAGUUGGGUGCUGUGGCUGACUUUGAGUUGGUGGUCAGUAGCAAGAAGUUCAGUGAUGAUGUCAUGGUGAUUGCUGGGGAUAUGCUGUGUGAAGAUCUGAACUUUGAUAUCGCCGAGGUCCUCAAAUUCUUCAAGUUUAAGAAAGGUGAGCUGGCCAUUUUCUACGAGAUGGAAGAAGGCGAGAAGACUGAAUCCAGGGGGAUAGUUGAGGUGUGCCCCCAUACACACAGAAUCACCAAGUUUUAUGAGAAACCGUCCGCAGAUACCACAACAUCAAGGCUCGCCAGUGUGGUCUUUUAUUGUUUCCAGAAACAGACAUUGCCCACUCUUGGAGAAUAUUUGAUGCACUAUCCACAGGUGAAGGAUCGAGGUCUUGGGAAGUAUAUGGAGUGGCUCAUCAACAAGGCAAAUGUCCCAGUAUUUGGAAUGAAGUUGCCAACAGGAUUCCAGCUCAUCGGUCAAGUGGGUCUUUCUGAAUAUAAGAAGUGGUUGGCACUCUACUCCUCGAAGCAACAUGGUUCAACAGUCAAACAAGUUACCUGCCGUUCCUAUGCAAGGGUAGGAAUUAUGGGAAAUCCAUCAGACGGCUUCAAUGGAAAGACAAUUGCCAUGACGAUAUCUAACUUCUGGGCCGAUGUGACGAUACACGAAAGCAAAAAAGUCGUGCUGAUACCCCAUCCUCUGAAUGACCCAACAGAGUUUGGCAGCUUGCAAGAUUUGUAUGGGAUCAGUCGAAAGGAAGGCUACCUGGGUGGUUUGAGAUUACUGCAAGCAACCUGUAAGAAGUUCUAUCAGUACUGCUCAGAACAAGGAAUUGCUUUGGCCAAACGGAACUUUACUUUGAAAUAUGACACUAACAUACCACGGCAAGUGGGGCUUGCUGGAAGCAGUGCGAUAGUUUCAGCUACACUUAAGUCCUUGAUGAAGUUCUAUGAUUUAAUUGAUGAUGAUUUACCAAAGCCACUUAGAGCAAAAUUUAUUUUAAAUGUGGAGUCUGAAGAACUAUUUAUUACAGCUGGACUUCAGGAUCGAGUCGUCCAGGUUUACGAAGGGCUUGUGUACAUGGAUUUCAGCAAAGAACUCAUGGAGAAACAGGACUAUGGAAACUAUUUUAAUAUGGAUGCAAGCUGUUUACCCAACUUCUGGCUUGCUUACAUGGGAGAAGCAAGUGAUUCUGGGAAGAUUCAUAGUAACGUACGACAAAGAUGGCUCAAUGGUGAUUCUGAUGUUAUGGCAGCAAUGAAAACAUUUGCAGAACUCACUGAUCUGGCUAAGACAGCCUUGGAGUCAAGGAAUUGGCAUGAGCUUUCUGAGCUGAUGAACAAAAACUUUGAAUUACGAAGGUCAAUAUAUACUGAUGCCUGUUUGGGUGAAGGAAAUUUGAGGAUGGCACAGCUUGGCAGAAAGUUUGGCUCCGCAGUAAAGCUCCCUGGCAGUGGAGGGGCAGUAAUUGGUCUGUGCUUGAAUCCUGACAACCUGGUUGAACUAAAGAAGGCAUUCCAAGGAGCUGGCUUUGUGAUCUGCGAUGUUGUCCCAUAUGCUCCUUGAGCUUUAUUCAGUAAAUUUCAGAAGACAUUUUCUAAUGGGGAAAUAGUUCUUAAAAAGUCUGCAAUAAUCAGCUUAAAUCACAGAACUGAAUUACAAUUUGUGAAGUUAUUUUAAAUAUAUUUAGUAUUCAGUCUGUAUUCCUUGUUGCAGUGCUUGUGUGGAGUAUUGCUCAAAUAACUAAAAGAUAAUAUGCUGCAGCAAAAAGAUCAUUGAAACUGAUUACUUAAUAUAUAAAAUUUCCAAUUUCAUAAGUUUUUUCCAGUAUAACUUUUGGGUAGCCUCCAUCAAUUACAAGUUUUAAACAGACUACAUUUAAUAUACAGUCAUAAAGCCAAAUUUCAAAGUUGUAAACUAAAUAUUUUAGAUUUUUAAAUAAUUUUAUUUUUAUAAGUUAUAAUUGAACCCAGAGACUGGAUGGUAUUCCGUAAUGAAAGUUUUGUAGAAAAUUUUCUUGUAUUCUGACAACUAGUACCCACAAUACAAGAAAGAUGAUAAUAUCUCCAUCUCUUGAUCUUCAAUAAAGCUGCUAUUUUAAAAUGUCUUUGAAGUUGACUGUUGCUAGUGUGUUCAGUAAGCCUUGAGUAAUCUUGCUGCCACAGAGCUCCAGUUUUUGACUUGGAGUGCUGCCUGUGUGUUGUUUGUACAUUUCCCCUAUAACCAUACAUAUUUCUCCAGAUGCUCUUGUUUCCCCAAAAUAUAUUGGUUGAUAGUUUAAUUGCCCAGUGUAGAUUACCACCCAGUGCAAUUAGGUGAUAAAAGAAUCAAACGGAAAUUAAUAGUUAUGUGAGAGAGAAUUGGUUACAGAGAAAUAAAUAGGGUGGGGGUGGUGAGGAUGGAGCUACCAUUGGCAAGGCUCUGAGAGUUAGCAUAGAAACAUUCAAAUCUAACUUAAUGUAUACGAUUUUAUAGUGGCACUCUUUAUUUUUUGUUAUUAAUAGGUGGUUAUUUUUUGGUAUUCAGAUGUCAAAUAUUAAGACAAGCUGCAUUUAGUCAUUGAUUUUUUUAGAAAUAUAACAUUCUUAUCUGUAUUUAAAUUGGAUAGCUUUUAACAAACAAUCCCACACUGAUGUACUGUAGCAAGACAAGAACUGUGUAGUAUCAACCCGACUCGCUUAAAAGCAUUUAAAACCCACUCUUGUUGUACAAGAUUUUUCCUUAUUUCACCUGACAUCUGUGACAAUAGGAAUUUGGAUGUACCCUAUUACCCUAUACAUUUAUCUUGCUAAGCAUAAUCUGACAUGCAGUUUCUUAUUUUAUUAAGAACAGUUGAGGGAGAUACAAGAGACUGCAGGUGCUAGAAUCUGGGGCAAAUAAAACCAUCACCCUCAUCUUUUGUACUGGCCAUCUUCUCUCUCCACUCUUGGUCUUGAUGAAGAGUCUCAACCUGAGACAUUGACAAUUUCUUUUCCCCCUCCACAAAUAUUGUUUGACCUGCUGUGUUCCUCCAGCAUUUUGUGUUUUGCUCCUUGGCUUGGUAGAACCCAAAAAUCUGAUUCCAUAUGCAUCAGAACAUGGAAUGAAAUAACACACAAAAGAUAAUGUGCUCCCAUGUUCCUGUGAUGGCUCUUUUGAAUGAGCCAGUCAACUAAUACUACUGUUCUUGUCCUGUAGCUCUGUAAAUACUUAUUAAACAUUUUGCAUGAUCAGAAUAAUAUCUAUUAAAAGGAGGAGACCUAGGUAGUGGACUUGUAUUCUACUGCAUUCAAUGGCAUAUUUGUUGUUCCAUUAUGGAUGUAACAUCCAUUAGUAACUGGUCAAGUGAUAAAUGUGUUAUGUGUUUUCAUUUCAUAAUAGCUCCAAGUAAAUUUAUUAUCAAAGUACAUAUAUGUCACCAUAUACAACCCUGAGAUUCAUUGUCUUGUGGGCAUACUCAAUAAAUUGACUUGGGUGUUCAGCCAGUGCGCAAAAGACAAACUGUACAAAUAAAGAAAUUGUAAUAAUAAAUAAUAAAUAUCAAGAGCAUGAGAUGAAGAGUGCUUGCAAGUGUGGCCAUAGGUUGUAGUCCAAUCACAGACAAGAGAAAAUCUGCAGAUGCUGGAAAUCAAAGGAACA